GAGCAGAGCAGGAUCUCAAUUGGUGGUGCUGCAUGUUUAAACCCUGUAGUUAAUCCAGCAGUGAUUAUAUAAACCACAGGCACAAGUCCUAUGCAGCUGAAUCUGCUCAACAGGACUAGAGGUGCUUGGAUAAGUUGUGUUGAUGUUAUUGUUCUAAUAAAAGGAAACAUGAUAGUGCUAAUAGAUCUAGUGUUAAUGCUCUUGGACCUGACUUAUACCAUCAUCAAUGCGGUGGUUCGCACUGUUCUUCGGCCGCGUCUCAAAUCAGUGGACGGGGAGGUGUGUUUGAUCACGGGCGCUGGCGGAGGGCUCGGGCGACUCUUCGCGCUGGAGUUCGCUAGAGAAGGGGUCGAGCUAGUGCUGUGGGACUGCAACACUGAAGCCAACGAGCAAACGGCCAGGCUAGUGAGGGAACUUGGCCGCAAAGCGCACACGUACACAGUGGAUCUGUCCAAGCGCGAGAGCAUCUAUCAGACCGCUGACCGCGUGCGUAAAGAGGUGGGCGACGUCAACAUAUUGGUCAACAACGCGGGAGUCGUUGCGGGGCGACGGUUACUGGAGUGCCCGGAUGAACUGCUGGAGAGGACCCUUCUGGUCAACUGCCACGCGCUGUUCUGGAUGACAAAAGCCUUUCUGCCACAGAUGAAAACCAAGAACCACGGACAUAUUGUUACUGUUGCAAGCACUCUUGGUCUGUUCAGUACCGCUUGUGUAGAGGACUAUUGUGCUAGUAAAUUUGGAGCUGUAGGUUUCCAUGAAUCUCUGACUCAUAGUUUGUUAACAGAGGAAGGUGUGGAUGGGGUGAAAACCACCCUGAUCUGCCCGUACAUCGUCAACACUGGCAUGUUUGCUGGAUGCCAAAUCAGGAAGGAACUCCAAGGCCUGAUUCCACCUCUGGAUCCUCUAUACUGUGUUCAGGAGUCAAUGAAAGCCAUUCUGGCUGACCAGCAAAUGGUCUGCAUCCCCCGCGUAAUGUACUUCGCUAUCCUCUCGCGGGCGUUGCUCCCCUGGGAUGCUAAUGUAGCAACAUAUCGUUUCAUGGGAGGCGACAAGUGCAUGUAUUCCUUCAUUAAGACCAAACAACAGCAACAGGUUGUUAACGGUCAUGUGAAAUCCUCUUAACUAUCCUGUAAUAGCUCCACACAUCAUCCACAUUUCAAGGCGAAAAGCCAAGAGUGCAUUCA